AUGUUUAAUAAGAUUGCAAAUUUGGUACUGGGAGAGAAUGAUGAGAGGAAGAAGACUACGACGGUGAAAGGAAAAGUGGUUUUGAUGAAAAAGAACGUGCUCGAUUUCAAUGACUUUGGUGCAUCGGUUCUGGAUGGAGCUCAUGAGUUGUUUGGAAAACAUAUCUCUAUUCAAUUCAUUAGUGCAAUUCACGCUGAACAUGAAUCCUCAGAAAAAAGGUUGAGAGGAAAGCUAGGAAAAGCAGCUAUAUUGGAAGACUGGAUUAGCACCAUUACGGUGACUGCUGGGGAAUCAGCAUACGAAGUCACAUUUGAUUGGGAUGAGGAGAUUGGCUUACCCGGAGCAUUUCUUGUUCAAAAUCUUCACCAUAGUGAAUUUUAUCUAAUGACAUUGACUCUUGAAAAUGUGCCUGGUCAUGGGGAAGUCCAUUUUGUUUGCAACUCAUGGGUUUACCCUGCAGAAAACUACGAUUACGAUCGUAUAUUCUUCGCUAAUAAGGCGUAUCUUCCUGGUGAGACCCCUGAACUACUACUUCCUUAUCGAGAGGAAGAGAUGGCAACCAUGAGAGGAAAUGGGACCGGGAUGCUUAACGAAUGGGACAGGGUUUACGACUAUGCAUUGUAUAACGACUUGGGAGAUCCGGAGGACGAGGAGAAAGUGCGCCCAGUUAUUGGAGGGUCUUCUGAGUACCCCUACCCUCGUAGAGGUAGAACCGGCAGACCACCUACCAAAUCAGAUCCAAAAACUGAGAGCAGGCUUAAUCUUAUUGAGAGUUUGAAUAUAUAUGUUCCAAGAGAUGAGCGGUUUGGCCACUUAAGGAUGUCUGAUUUUCUCGGUCAAGGACUCGAAGCCAUUCUUAAAUUUCUGCUCCCUGAGUUUAAAGCUCUAGUUGAUGACACCAUAGAUGAAUUUGACUCAUUUGAAGAUAUCUUGGAUCUUUACCACGGAGGAAUUAAGCUUCCAGAAGGCCCGUCGCUUGACAAAAUUCGAGAAAACAUUCCUAUACAAAUACUUAAAGAACUUCUACGCUCAGACGGCGAGGGCCUUUUCAAAUACUCGACUCCAGAAGUCAUCAAAGCUAAUUUAUCUGCUUGGAGCACCGACGAAGAAUUUGCAAGAGAAAUGUUGGCUGGAGUCAAUCCUGUUUCGAUUCAACUGUUGAGAGAGUUCCCUCCAACUAGCAAGCUGGAUGAAAAACUUUAUGGUAACCAAAACAGCUCAAUCAGAUCAAAUCACAUAAAGGAACAUCUAGAUGGUUUAAAAGUCGACGAGGCAAUAAAAUCAAAAAGGUUGUUUAUAUUGGAUCAUCAUGAUCCAAUUAUGCCAUAUGUCAAGAGGAUAAAUGCAACUUCAACCAAAGUCUAUGCCACAAGGACAUUGCUCUUUCUGCAAAAAGAUGGAACCUUAAAGCCAAUAGCCAUUGAGUUGAGCUUGCCUCAUCCAGACGAUGAAAAAUAUGGCGCCAUUAGCAAAGUCUUCAUACCAGCUAAAGAUGGAGUGGAAGCCACACUUUGGAAUUUGGCUAAAACAUAUGUAGCCGUGAACGAUUCUGGAGUUCAUCAACUCAUCAGUCACUGGUUGAAUACACAUGCGGUCAUCGAGCCAUUUAUUAUAGCAACAAAUAGGCAACUAAGUGUGAUGCAUCCCAUUAACAAGCUUUUGCACCCUCAUUUUCGUGAUACAAUGAAUAUCAACGCAACUUCUAGAAAUAUCUUGAUCAAUAGUAAAGGGAUUUUAGAAAGGACCUUUUUUCCCGGAAAAUAUUCAAUUGAGAUGUCUUCCAAGAUAUACAAGGAUUGGGUGUUCCCCAACCAUGCUCUACCGACUGACCUGAUAUUGAGGGGAAUGGCUAUUGAGGAUUCUAAAUCUCCUCACGGCCUUCGUUUAACGAUUGAAGAUUACCCAUACGGUGUAGAUGGACUUGAGAUUUGGUCAGCUAUUAAGUCAUGGGUUGACGAUUACUGUAAGUUUUACUACAAAAACGAUGAGAUGGUCCAAAAUGACAAUGAACUCCAAUCAUGGUGGAAGGAAGUGCGAGAGAAAGGACACGGUGACUUGAAAAACAAACCAUGGUGGCCCGAUAUGAGUUCUGUUCAAGAUGUGAUUGAUAAUUGCACCAUAAUAAUAUGGGUGUCUUCUGCUCUUCAUGCAGCAGUCAACUUUGGUCAAUACCCUUAUGCAGGUUACCCCCCAAAUCGUCCAACACUAAGUCGUAGGCUUAUGCCCGAACCAAAUACUCCAGAGUAUGAUGAACUAAAAGAGGAUCAGCAAAAGGCUUUUUUGAAAACUGUUACUCCACAAUUGCAGUCACUUCUUAGUGUUUCUUUAAUAGAAAUAUUGUCGAGGCAUACAUCAGAUGAGAUCUACCUCGGGCAACGAGAGUGCCCGAAGUGGACCAUGGAUGCAGAGCCUUUAUUGGCAUUUGAAAAAUUUGGCAAUAAGCUAAAGGAAAUUGAGCAAAAAAUUGUGAAAUUGAACAAUGAUGAGAAGCUGAAAAAUAGACUUGGACUUGUAAAGAUACCAUACACCUUACUUUACCCUAGUAGUGAAGAGGGACUUACUGGAAGAGGUAUACCAAAUAGUGUGUCUAUAUAA